AUGACUUUCACAAGAAAGACUUUACUUGCCAUUUUUUUGGCAGGCGCUUUCGCAGUUCCUAGUCCUUACCCUGCUUUGGGCCCUGGAGAUGUCAGCGGCGUGGUUCAGUACUUGGACAGCAACAAAAAUUUGGCAUGGAAAGAAUACGAGAAUGGUCGAUGCGUCCAACUUCCCGAGGACGAUGAUGAUAGUUCAGAACUCGACACAUACUGGACUCCUGUUGGAACAAAAAGUCGUCGAUGGGGGCCUUUCAAGUCAGCCGGACAAAUCGCAGAUCUCGCCACCCAGGUGGCCUGCAUUGGCAGUGGAAUGAAAAUCGAAGGCAGCAAAGUCAGUGCACACAUCGCCGAUGCAUGCAGUGCGUUCUUGAAAGAGGUGCCAGGAGCAACUUUUAUCAACGCUGCUUGGAAGGUAUAUCAGGUAUCCCACAUCGCCAACAACGACGGUGCCCUUGCAGUGAUUAACUUUCGAUGGAAGACUUUUGGGUCACAACCUCCAAAGCUCACCGACAGUAUGUGUAGCAAAGCCCUUUCACUUGUGAGCCAGACUUUAUGCGUCGAGGAAGACGACGAAACUCAUGGUGCAACUUUGAAGAUCGGUUCUAAGGGAUCCGGGAUCGAGAUUGGAUUUGAUCCGAACGAACAGUAA